AUGGGAAACGGGGUGGGUCCCAUGAGCGUGUUGCAGGCUGUGGAGCAGUCGGCAGCACUGGUUGUGGUGCAGGCUGUGGCGCAGGUGGCAGCACUGGCUGGGGUACAGGCUGUGGUGCAGGCGGCAGCACUGGUUGUGGCGCAGGCAGCAGCACUGGUUGUGGCGCAGGUGGCAGCACUGGCUGGGGUACAGGCUGUGGCGCAGGCGGCAGCACUGGCUGGGGUACAGGCUGUGGCGCAUGUGCGGCCUGGCCCCACUAAACACCAGAACAGUGGGGGUCCAGGACACCCCUGCUGGUGCCUGGCCCUGGCAGCUACACAGGUGACCAUCUACCUGGGUCGUCAGAGUCAGCAGGGAUCCAACCCAAAUGAGGUGUCCCGAUCUGUCUCUCAGAUCAUCAUUCACCCUGACUAUAUCUCUAUCACCUUUAACAAUGACAUUGCUUUGCUGCGUCUCUCCUCCUCUGUAAAUUUCACUGACUACAUCAGACCAGUUUGCCUGGCUGCAGCAGACAGCACCUUCUAUAAUGGCACUGACAGCUGGAUCACAGGCUUCAAUCGCACAUCUCAGACUUUGCAGGAAGAGCAAAUGUCAGUAAUGAGAAACAGGCAGUGUAGAUGUAUCUAUGGUGCCAAUUACUUUAACAUAAUCACAGAACAAUUCAUCUGUGCUAGAAGCAAUGGCUCCUGUGUGUAUGACACAGGAGCUCCAAUGGUCAGCAAACAGGGCUCUCGCUGGAUACAGUCAGGCAUUUUCCUCGGCACUUUCAGUUGUCCUACAUUCCCUUCUGUAUAUACCAGAGUGUCCCAGUACCAAACCUGGAUCAAUUCUCAGAUCACCAACGACCAACCCAGCUUCGUCAGCUUUACCUCCAAUGUCACUGCUGGGGAUUCGAGUGUGAGCUGCAAUACUGUGCCUCCAAUCACCACUGCCACUACUGCCAGUACUACCCCUACUGCCACCACUGUCAGCCCUGUGGUGUGUGGCAGUGCCUCUCUGAACACUCUUCGUGUUGGGGGCAGUAGCUCUCUGGCGACUGGAGGCUUAUGGCCAUGGAUGGCCAGUCUGCACCAUGGAGGCAAACACGUAUGUGGGGGUACACUGAUCACUGAGCAGUUUGUCCUGAGCUCUGCUGACUGUUUCUCCAGCUUUACCAAUGCUUCAGAAUGGACCGUGUUCCUUGGCCGUCUCAAUCAAAAUGGUUCCAACCCUAAUGAGGUCUCUCUGAGGGUGAACAGCAUCACACUGAGUAACCUGACAGGCAACAACGUGGCUGUUCUGGAGCUGGCCAGCAAACCCACAUUCUCAGACUUCAUACAGCCCAUCUGUGUGGACCUGGGAACAGAGACCUUCUCCACAGGAACACAGUGCUGGAUUGUGGGCUGGGGCUCAGGACAAGGAGGUGUUCAACAAACCCUUCAGGAGGUCCAGACUACCGUGGUGGAUUGUGGGAGUUCAGCCUCCCCUGAGAAUAUCUGCACUGGUUUUGUGACUUUACAGCAGGGUGAUGAUGGGGGCCCUUUGAUGUGUAAGCAGGGCCUGGCAUGGUUCCAGCCUGCAGUUUUGACUGUAGUUAACAGUCCCUCAAGCAGCAGUAGUCGCAGGAACAAUACCAGUGGCUUCAUGGUCUUCAACCGACUGGUGCGUUAUAAAAGUUUUCUGCGCAAAGCUGUCAACAGCCUCCCUUCACCAGCCUUUGACAACUCAUCCUCUGUCAGCAGAGUCUCCAACAGCACUGUGUCCCCAACAACUGCAGCUGUGUCCCCAACAACUGCAACUGUCCUAGAUCUCACCAUGUACCAAUCACCUAAAGGUGCUCUCCUUAGUACACAGGAGCAAAAACAGAGAAGGUGCAUGGAUCUUCACAACUAG